GGGAUAGGUGUAAGGUUUUGGGGUGUCUGCGUGCUGGAGGGAUGUGUGGGAGGCCUUGUCAGCACAAAGCAGAGCCCUGAGUGGGGGCAUGGGUGUGUUUGCUUUCAAAGUGCUUGGGUUUGUUGAAGAGUGUGGGAAGGGGGUUCCUUAUGGGAUUUUAGGAUGCUUAAUGCAGGGGAGGAGAGGUAUGAGUGGGGUGUAGUUCUGUGUAAUGUGAGUAGAACAGAAUGGAUGUAGGAUGGGUCCUUAGGUGGGAUCCUCAAGGGACAGGGAUGAGCUGCUGGGUUUGGGGAAGCAUCAGGAUUGAAGCAUAUGGGGUGGGUGAAUAUUUGGGACCAGGUGAAUUUGGUGUCUCUGAGAGGUGAAGGUGGGGCAGAGCCUCAGAGCAUCACAGAGUUGUUGCAGUGUGGUUUGGAGCAUUGUCUGUUGGAACAGUGGGAUUGAUGUGGGAGCUGGAUGCUGGGGUUGGAGGUUUGUGUGUGCUUCAUUUCUGGUAAUCCACAGGAGUGUGUGCAGACAGAUUUGUGAUGGUAAGGGUUUUUUCCACAUGCUUCCCCUUGGGGAUAAGAGUAAGCCUGUAGGAUUUAUAGGAGCCUAAGAGCUCUGGAUAUGCGCAAAUCUUGUGUUAAAUUUUGAGAUAGCAGUGUGUUUUCAAAUUGCUUUUAUUCACUGCUCAGUCUGGAAGGUGGGCCUGGGGUGUCUGUAGCUGCUCAGCACUGCUGGGGGCUUGGAGGCAGCUCACUGGCAAGGAUCAGGUGGAUAUUGGUGCAAUCUUAGAAAAUGAGAGAUUUAACACUGGUCUGGAUUUGUUUUUUUAUACAUCUGAGAAGAAGAUAAACUCCACUUUGUGAUCCCUCAGGGAGGUGAUAAAUCUCCCUCAUGAACCACAUCCUUGUUGGGUGAGACCCAAGGCAGCACUGGAGCUGCAGCUCAGGUUUUGUGUUUGAUGAGUCAACCUGAAUCUGUUUGAUGUUCAUCCCACCUGGAGCUGUCCAGGGCUCCCUCUGGAGAUCACCUGCCUGAGGAAGGAUGCUUUAGGGCAGUAGUUGUGGUCGUAUAUCAAUCUGUCAUGUGUCCCAAAAAUUUCACAUUCUGCUGCAGGGCCAUAGAAACAUCCACUAAAGCUUUUGGCUCUUCCUUCAGCAGGAAGGUCAGAACUGGACAAAGCAGAUGGGGAUGAAGCUGGACACCUCCAGAGAGCAGGGAAAUGUGUCUGAGCAGGGAGAGACAGUGAAUACUUGAGAGAAAUCACAUAUUUUGGGAGCAGUGUGCCAUUCUUGGAAGGAAACCUGCUUUUGCUGGUUCUGCUCUGUGCCAGAUGCUGCCAUGGUGUUAUCACCUGUGAACUCUGCCAGAUCUGAGUGCAGAGCCUCGAGUUCAUUGUCCAAGUUCAGAGCCAAGGGCAAAGAGCUGCCACGUCCUGGCAGUGACAGAUCUUUGGGCUGCUGAUGGUGAGCAAACACAGAGUCUGCAGGAGGAAAGGGCGGCCAGGGUGACACAGGGACAGCACUGAGCCACCUGUCUGUGGGCACACCUUGCUCAGCUGUGACACUCUGUGCUUGGGCACAGGUGACGUGGCAGAACUGGCUUGCAAGUAGUUAAAAUUCCAAGGGCAGUGCCAUUGGUGGCUGUCACUUGCCAAAGCCACACAGCUCUGACCAUCCUCUGAGGGGAGAGCAGCAAGGGCUGUGCCAAAGGGACACCCAGCACCUCUUUUCCUGAGGAAGGAGAGUGGAUUCCUUUCUCCAGGGAAGUCUGGCAUUUAAUUUGGAAGUUUUCCUGGAUUUUUCCUUCCCAGAGCAAAGGAUCCCUCUGAUGGGCAGCUGGCAGCAUUAGGCCCUUCAUCAAGAAGAGAUGAUAUGAAGUGCUGUUAAUCCUCUGACACCGUGCCCUGGAUCCUCAUGGUUGUCCUCAUGAAUACUCCCGUGGAGAAUGUCCAUGAUCUUCUUUGCCUGCGUGGUGAGGGUGAGGGAUGGGCUUCCCCUCUCAGCCUCCACAGAUUUCCAUCUCAACCAGGACUUUCUGGAGUGCAGGAAGAGGCUGAAGGCUCUGUCCUCCAUCCUGGCACGGUACCCCAGUCGGGGCACGGCCAAAGGACGUAACCUCAGCAUCCAUUUCCUUUCUUCUGGGGAUAUUGCCUGCAUGGCAAUCUGUUCCAGCAGCUACUCAACCAUCAUGGCCUUCUGCUUCCUGGAAGAGCUUCGCUGGGAAUUUGCUGCUUCCUACAACACAAGGAGCAUCAAUUCAGCUUCCAGACCAUAUGCUUUUAUUGAAUUUGAUAACACCAUCCAGAAGGUGAAACAGCAUUUCAACAGCAGCCGUGGCUCCAGGGCCAAGGGCAAUUGGCAGAGGGUGGAGGAGGAGCUGAGGCUGCAGCCCCCAGUGCAGCUGCAGCUGGAGAACACAGAGCUGCUGAACGGGCUGAGCAAUGGAGGGCACGCAGGAGGCCAUGUGGAGGUUGUCCCUACUUACAGAAUGCAGCCUGUGACCCCCCUGGGGAUUCUGUCACUUGUUCUGAACAUCAUGUGUGGAGCUCUGAACCUCAUCCGAGGAGUUCACCUGGCAGAAUAUUCCUUUCAGGAGGACCAUGAAGGAAUUGGAAAUGUGAUAGCUUUUUUUCUACCUUUUCUAGCCUGUGUUUUUCAGUGUUACCUGUACCUCUUCUACAGCUCAGCCAGGAAGGUGAAGACAUUUGUGCUCCUUUUCUGUGUCUGCUCAUGCAACAUCUACUUGUAUGGAUUGAGGAACCUCUGGCAAAUCUCCUUCCACAUAGGAGUGGCUUCUCUUUCCUCUUACCAGAUCCUGACAAGGCAGCUCCUGGAGAAGCAGCCUGACUGUGGUGUAUGAAAAAAAAACAAACAACAAACUUGGGGUUUGCUACUCUGUUUUUACAACUCUUUUUUUGUAUUCACCUGACCAGAAAUAGCUCAGAGUGUUUUUUAACCAUCCAUGGCAAUGGUUAUUGCAAGGAGAACAGCUCCAAGCAACCUGGGAUGAGCAGGAUCCUGUAAUUCUGUCCAGCACACAGCGAGGGGUGCAGCUCUAUUUCACGUGGUGGAGCUUGUCAGUGUCACCAGAGAUGGAAGUUCUUACCUUCAGCAGGCUUUUCCUCCUUGGCUGCCACCAUCCAGACAGCAUUUUGCCAUUUGUCUCACUGGCUCUGUGAGAGCUGGGCAGGUCAGUCUUGCCCUGCUGCUGCAAAUACUCCAGUUGUGUGGUAAAACAAGGGUAAAGUGAUGGGUAACAUUUCUGUCUCUAGAUUGUCUUGCUGUAAAUGUGAGUGAAGGGCUAUUUGCUGUAAUUAGUGUGGAAAAUGCUGAGGGUGAGCUUCAGGAUCAUUUCUCUAGGUUUGGAAGGACAAGGAAAGGCUGUGGCUCUUUCAUAAACCAUAAAAUCUAUAAAUGUCUUGCUGAACAGCACAUUGCAGUUUAGUGUGUGCUCAUGGGUUAAUUGCAAAUAUGCUUGGGGCAGCAGAAAAUAAUCCAAGUGGGUGUCAGUGAUCUGUCAGCUCCUGUGGCCUUUGUUUCCUUGGCUAAGGUCACUUCCAGGAUAAGGGCAAUUCCAUGUUUGCUUGGCCUGGAUGGAUAAUAAAUCUUCCAAGCCUAUUUAUGACAGGCCACUGACUCCUUCACCUUUUUUUUAAUAAAAUGAGUAGCUGGUGAGUAGGAAGCCAUUUCCAGGAAUGGAAAGCAAGAGCAGGUUCUCUUUGUUCUGUGGAACACCUGUGGUUAAUGGUGGUGAAUUCUGACACUCAGAAGAGUUUCUGGGUGUGCACUUUGGAACUGGGGACUGGAAUUCCCAACCUCUGCUGCACUGGCUGUUUUAUUUUGUCAUGGAUCCAGGUGCACAGGGGCAUUUUAGGGCAUAGAUGAAUAAUUUAGGCUGGCUGUUCAAAAAAUGCAUAGCAGUUUGAUGCAGCUGUCCUUGAGGGCUUGUAGAGAUUCACACUGUAGGUAUGUUAUUGUGGAAUUAUGGUCCUAAAAUUUCCUUUUAUUUUUUUUUUCUCUUUCUGGUCAUUCCCAUUUCUUUCACCAAAGAUUUCUUUUUCUUCUCACAUAGUCUCUACCUCUGGUUGCAAAGAGAUUAACAUGCAGCAGAGUUGUCUUUUUUUGCAGGAACACUUGACAAAAUUCCUUUCUUUUAUGUCAGUGAGUUUUCCUGGAAUCUCAGGAUGCAAACACCAGGAUCAGAAUAGAAAUUUGUGGUGCUGGACUUUGGAAGCACUUCUGGAUGCAGAAACAGCAUCCAUGUGCAGCUCAUUCCAACCUGGACAGUUUGUAGGACAUCAGGAGACAGUGCCAGAGCUUUUCUCAGGAGGAAAAUGUAGGGAUUUCUUUUUCACUUUACUUACUGUAACAACAAUGUGAUAAAAAUCUCAAAGUGUGAACAGUAGUCUGGUAGGAAUGAUGGAGGAAUAUUUUAGCCAGGCAUUUAAGGACACAACUUGAGCUCUGCCAUAAGGGAAAGAUUUUCUGUUAUAAGGCAGAAAAUUCCUUUCUUUUAUGUCAGUGAGCUUUCCUGGAAUCUCAGGAUGCAAACAUGAAGAUCAGACCAGAAAUUUGUGGUGCUGGACAUUGGAAGCACUUCUGGAUGCAGAAACAGCAUCCAUGUGCAGCUCAUUCCAACCUGGACAGUUUCCAGGACAUCAGGGGACUUGUGCCAGGAGGAAAAUGUAGGGAUUUCUUUGUCACUGCACUUACUGGAACAGCAACAUGACAAAAACCCCCAAAGUGUGAGGAAUAGUCUGGUAGGAACGAUGGAGGAAUAUUUUAGCCAGGCAUUUAAGGACACAGCUGGAGCUGUGUGCCAUAAGGGAAAGGUUUUCUGUUCUAAAGGAGGGGAUUAAAGUUGUUUGUCUGUCAUUAUCCCAGUUUUCUGCAAGUGGAGAAAUGAAGCCACAAUUCAAGCACUGUCCCUGAGACACCAAGAUGACCCCAGAGAUGUGAGGGGUUUUGUGCUGCUCUUAAUUUUCAAACUGUUCACUCCCAGUUUUUCCUGGUAAAUUGUUUCUGGAGACUGCAGGGAACUCAGCCAUGAGUUUGGAUUACAAUUUAAAAAAAAAAUCUGCAAAAAGAACAGCCCAAAAAUCUGACACUAAAAAUGCAACACUUUAAGGAUAAUGGAUCUAGUGGCUGGUGGUGUUUUCCAGGAGCAUAAAUUGGAUAUCAACCCACUGGAUUCUUGUGGGGAAAGGAUGAAGCAUUUUAUACAGACAGACAAAUCUUCACGAAAAGGACUUUAGGACAGGAGCCAAAUCCCUCCUCCUGCAUUUUUAUCCCCACUCUGGCUAAAGAGUCCAGAAUAGCUUUUCCUGUUUCUCCACACAGAGCAUUUCCAGAGGGCAUUCCCCAGAGCUGAUUGGAAAAGUUGGAACAUUCCUGCUGCUUCCCCAGCAUCCAGCUGCUCUGUCCUGAACCAAACCCAUCCCUGAGCCAGGGGAUGGCAGCCACAGCUCUGCAGAGGAGUGCUGGAACGGGGUGUCUGCAUAAUUGUGCAAUUAACAGAGAGGAGAAAGGUUAAUUUCAGCUUUUUUUUGAAUUGGUUUUCCUGAAAACAUUUCAGUAAAAUCAAACCAAAUCAGUUGGUUCAGUUCUGCCUUUGCCUAAACUUGUAUUUUUUUGCUUUGUGGAUUUUUGGGGAAUGUGGCUGAAUCUUCAGGUGUUUUCUGCCCAGUGACAAAGCUCUGCUUUGGUGUUGGUCUUAAUCCCUUUGCAACCUUUUAUUUUCCUGUAAUAGGUGUAAACCAUAUUAAGGAAUCUACAUGGAUUAGUCUGUGUGCACUUCAUAGGUUUGGGUUCCAGGAUGAGGCAGAACACACAGAAUUUGAUCUAUUUUUAUUUUUAAUUUGGUAUUUAUCCCAUGUCCACACAGUGUUAAUACAGUUAAACAUUUUCUCUUGGCAAGAGGAAUAGAAUAGUUUACAUUGAUCUCAGUGCUUUAAGAUUUGAUAAAAAAGAAUGACUUGCACUUUGAGAACACAAAAUCUGACUCAUAAUGUGGGAUUUCUCCUGUAUUGAAUCAAAUCCCCAAAGAGAAAUCCAUCCCUUUUUUCAGCUUUAAACUGGUUAAUGUGGUUUGAAUUGCAUCUUCUUCAUUCUGUCACUUUGCAAGAGAAGUCUUUUGGAAGCUCCUCUCCUCACCCAGCAGCUCAGCACAAGCAAAUUGGCAAAGAUUAAACUUCAAUAAUUUCCAGAUUUGCUUACUCAGUGCUUAGUCACUUUAUGGAGCUGGUAAUUCUCUGGUUUCUUUUUUUUUUCCCUUUUCUCCCAAAGACCUGUUGAGUUUGUAGAAGGUGGGCUGGUACCUUUUUAGAUAUUUUUGCACUGUAUUAAUAAUUGAACCUGUGUAAAUGUGUAUAAAAUCAUUUUGCAUGUAUAUGUAUAUAUGUACAUAUAUCUAAUAAAUGGCUUUUUUUGUAA